AUGUCGAACCCCGAAAAGGCCCCCCAGAAUCAGCCUUCGGGCGAGCAGUAUGGUUCUGGCCUGCUGCCUCUCGCGGACGAACAGCAGCAGUUCCCCCCUCCUCCGCCCGGUCCCCCACCUCAUACCGAGUCUGCCGCUCCUCCAGCUUAUGAGCAAGGAGGUGCUGAGCUUCCAAAGGAUGAGAAGCCAAAGAUUGUUCCGGAGGGACAGCAGACGGAGGGAAGUCGAUCUGAGCCUUCGCAGCAGCCAUACUUUCCACCUCCUCCUGUAGCGGCAGAUCAGCAACAGCAGCAGUUCCCUCCUCCGCCACAGGCUGCUGGAGGUGAACAGCAGCAAUAUUUCCCUCCUCCUCCUCCUGGACCUCCUCCUGCGCAGCAGCAACAGGGAUCAGCACCUCACCCGAACCCCCUCGACGCGAACCCUACCAACCCCCAGACAGCUCAACAGAACUACAACAUCCCGCAGUACAACCCCGCCCAGCCCGUGUUUGCACCUCCUCCCACCAACGAACCUACGCAUCAACACCAAGAGGCGCCAAUUCCGGAGCACGAGGUUGGAGCAGGCAACACAUCGACCUUUGUGCCUCCCGAGGAGCACCACAAGAAGCAUGGUUGGAGUGAGCGCUUUAGCCAGCUUGGCAUCAAGGCUGCUGCUCCUAUCAAUAGCUUGGCGCAUAAGCUCGGCAGUCAGAGCUUCCUCCCGGAGACACUUGACAAGGAGUGUGACAAGGCAGCUUCAAUUUUGAAGUCUUUCUGCAAAAAUGGUGUCUAUGCCGACCCCGGCGCAAGCCCGGUGCCCACCUCGACCGACCCCAAGGCCACUGAGACCAACGACUCCAUCAUCGAUCCUACCAAGCAGAAGCCCAAGAGCCGUGUCAUUGUCACUAUCCCACCCAAGGUUAUUGCCAAGGCUGUUGGUCUUGCCAUCUUCACCACGCUCCGUGCUGGAUUCAACUUUUCUGGUGCGACCGGCUCUGGUAUCUUGAUUGCCCGUCUUCCUGAUGGGUCUUGGGGCCCUCCUUCGGGUAUUCAGGUACACUCCGUUGGAGCUGGUUUCUUGGUUGGUCUCGACAUCUAUGACUGCGUCUGUGUCAUCAACAGCCGAGAGGCACUGGCCGCCUUUGCCAACACGCGUGUCGCCCUUGGUAGUGACUUGGCCGUCGUCGCGGGUCCUUACGGAGCUGGAGGCGCUGUUGAAUUUGGCACUGCCAUGGAAGGUCGUGAAGGACGAAAGUCGAAGGAGGGCAAGGAAGGAGAGCCAUCGACUCAGCCUCCUCCCGAACCGGCUGAGAGCAACCAGAACUUGAAGCCUGAGAAGGAUAAGAAGAGCCAUCGCCGCAGCCUCAGCGCCAGCGCCUUCAAGCCUGUCUUUUCCUACGUUAAGUCGCGCGGAUUCUACGCUGGUGUCCAGGUUGACGGUACUGUCGUGGUCGAGCGCAAGGAUGCAAACGCUGCCUUCUUUGGUGAGCGAGUGUCUGUUGACAAGAUCAUCAAGGGCGAGGUGCCCCGUCAGGGACCCAACGGCAUGUGGCCUGCGGGAGCGCGCAAUCUGCUCGAGACUUUGAAGGGAGCCGAGGUUGGAUCUCUCAAGGUCAAGCAGAGCAAAGAUGGAGCAUCUCCGACCAGCCCGACAUUCGGAGCCCCGGGCGCCGAUCACUCGGCUCCGGUGGCGUCCGGAGCUCUAGGUACCGAGGCGGCGAGUGGAAGCGGACAGCCGCCGGCCUACAAGGAUGAUGGAACCAGCCACCCUGGUGUUGGUGAUGUGAAGUACCGCUAA